CGCAAAAACUCUCCACCUAGGCGGAGUGCCUCCACUAUUGGCAAUGGAGCGAUUCCGGCGCGCAACUAGCCGCCACUAUCCACCUGACCAUACGCGGAGGUGUAUUUAGUAUAAUGGGAGUUGUUUUUUUCUAAUUAUCAAGACGCGCUCGACGAUUAUAUGCUGAGAUCAAUGACUAGAAUUUUCAUUAGGUCCGCGUUUUGCAGGCUCACUCGGCCGCAAUGCUUCCCUUCGACAGUAUCACCUGUGGCUAGACGGCGGAAGGUUGGCCCCGUCACAUGCAAUUAGAGAGCGAAAUUUCUCACCUGGGAAAUCAGGUUGUUCGUCGGUAGUGCGUGGAUAAAUGGAAAACAAUCGCUAAUCCUAAUCCAAUUAUUCAAAUACCUGUUCGAAAUAGAAUUCCGUUAUUAAGAACAUGUAGAACAGUGGUAGCCGGACUAUCAGUGUUCGAUAAGAGCAAAUUAGACUGUUAGGCUGUGAGUGACAGGGUACGGUGCCCCAAAGUGCAUGCUACAGUGAAGUGCGUUGAGUGCCAAUUUUCUAAUUCCAAAUUAUAGUGCCAAGUUUUAAUUUACAAUUAAAUGGAAAUAUGGCCCGAAUUUCUCUUCGCCGCAAGGCCAAGUGUUUGAUUGCUGCCAUUCUCUACAUUUGAUUCAAUUUGAAAACAAAGAUGGGAGCUGGCUGGUGGCAACAUGAAAUUCUUUCAGAGUGAGCAUCACACUAAGAAAAUUUUCGAGCACUUCGGAGCAUUCGUAAACAAGAGUAGAACGUCUUAUUCGUUUUCAAGUGAACGCUGAUAACGGAAAUUAUUAGUAAAAACAUUGGCGGUAAGAGUUGUGCGCAACUACCGAGCGUGCAUUUCUCCAUAGAUAAGAAAUUCGAUUUAUUUUAUUUGGCGUAAAAAUUGUGCUGCUCAGAAUACUGUGGAUUUUAUGGAUUUAGAAACUUUUAAAUGUGAUUUUUGAUAAGAAUUUUUAAAGCCAAGUAAAUUAAACCAAUCGUGAAAAAUAGAAUUAAAAACAAACUUUGUGACACAAACAUUUCAAAAGGAAGUGAGAAAGUGCGCGGUCAAAGAGAUAAAAAGUGUUGAAAAGUUCUUAAUGUUCGACCAAAGUUCCGAGGAAGCAUGCAAAAUGCAAGAAGAUAACAAUGCAUUUGAAACCAGCAUCGAUAGUGGCAUUUCCAUCGACAUCACCUCGCCCAGUGCUGAAGAAAAAGCAGAGAAUAAAAUGAAAACAUAUCAACAAAUCCUCUUCGCUUUAGAACGCGAUAAACUUUUACGAGCCGAGCAACGGAAACGUCUAAGCCAAAUAUCAGAGAGACGACAAAGAAAGAAACGCACAGAAGAACCAUGUAAUGUCUGCUGCAUUAAUUUGGAUACAGAAAACAUAAAAAGCUCUGUAAAAUGUGUCAAUUGCCAAAAAAUUGCAUGUCGUGGUCAAUCAUGCUCAAUAUGGAUACCCAGCCAAAGUGGUUGGGAAUGCCAAUUAUGCAACCAAAGUCAAGAAUCAAUUUCAAAAUCGAGCGAAUGGCUCAAUCAACAAAUAGCUGGAAAAUAUCUAAACCCAUUAAGUGCUCGAAGCGAACCUGCACUUCAACGAAGCGGUUUGUCUCCUCAACCUGAGUUAGAUAGACAAAGCGAUGCUGCCUCGUCAUAUUAUGGCGAACAAAAAGAAAGGGUUCGGGAGAUGAUCGAGGAGACCCUUGCUGAGAUGCUUGGCGGGUCUUUGGAUAAUAUAUCCGUAAAUCAACUUUAUAAAAGUCGCCAAUACCUUGAGCUAUUUUGCAAAUAUCAUUCGCUUUUAAGUAAUAAAUUACAUCGUCUGGAAAGGUCGAUGCUGCUGUCCCCGUCACUAAAGGAUUUACCAACCUGGGAAAAUGGAGAAGCACCAGGAAUAUCACAAUUAAAAUUGAAACGUUUCAUAGAGAAAAUCAUCAAUGAUACAUUACGGUUACCAGAUUUUACAAAUGAACCUUUAACUCCGGGUCCAACGUAUGACCAGAACUUGCCCUUUUUCGAUCCGAAAAAGUACCAAGAACUAUUAGCAACAGCUGUGUUAAAUAAGAUUGUUGAUUCAUACAAUUAUGAGCAGAAAUUUGAUAAGAUCAAAGACGCAGCUACUGACUGUUCGGAUUUGGAUAAAAAUCACAAUGCCCUUAUCGGCCGAAAAGUGCAAAGUGGUUCAGUAUCCAGUAGUUCAAUUGAGCCCGAAAGUGAUUGCAGUAUUACGGAUCCACCAACCAAUAUCAGCCGAUGUAACGAUUUCUCUCGAAGUGAUUCUGGUUCAAAUUUAUUCUCAGAUAUCUUAAACCGCGGAGACCAAAAUGAUUCGUCAAUGCUCAGUAAAUAUCUGGCAAAACACAAUGUUCCCCUUCCAGAUUUCUCGAUCGAUUCGGAUUCAUCAGUUGAAGACAACAUCCCAAGUGAAGAUCACUUUGGUAACACCUGGGAAGGGAACUGGUUGUUCAAGAAGAAGCGACCAGGUCACGAAUCACCCGCUGCCGUGGGUAUGUUGGUGCCAUGUCCAAAAGAGGAUGUAAAAACCCAGAUCGGAGAUAAAACGGCAGACGAACUAAGUGACCUCUCGGAAGCAGGUUCCGAAUGUGGAGAUAACAAUAUCGAUGAAAUCGAGGACAAUCCACCCAAUGCCUUGAUACAGAACAGAAAUAUAAUCGGAGGAAAAAGCCCAAUCGGGAUUUUCGAUGAACUGUUGGAACAAACUAGUCUUAUAUCAACAUCAUCGAUUCCAGAUGGUGAUACCUUGUAUACUGAAACCAAAAAUAACUUUGUGCUUGGUGAUGAUUUAGAGCACGAUCUUCCAAAGCACAAUGGGCACUUUCAUACAGAUGAAGCUAUUAACUCGCUCGUGGAUACUCAGCAGCUACAGAAUAAUCUGUCAAGGUCAAAGGAAUGGGGUAGAAAGUCACACAUGAAGGAAAAUAUCAAUGAAUCGCAAGCUUCAAGGAUGCGAUCAGCACAGAAACACCCAAUUUAUAUCAGUACUAAGGACAUACCUGAGUCGGAACUUACCUCCUCAUCAACCGCUAGCUCAGCAAAAAACAACGCAAUUGCACGUAAACCAUUAACUCGAUUACUACCAACUAAAUAUACUAACAAAACUAACAGAUACCCUUUGGAGGCAUGUACACCUUCUACUCUAAGUGAAAAAAUAUUAAGUAAAAUUCGGUGCACAAAGGCUUCGGCAAUACAAUUUUUGGUGGUCGUCUCGUUAGCACCAUCAAUGGCUGUACCAGCUGUAGACAGUCAAACUUUUAAUACCAUAGUUCAGGUAACAAGUACCAUGACUCGAGGACAAGACUCGACUUCAACGGAAGAAACAGAAGGGCAAGCAGAAGAGUCAGCAAAUGAGAAGGAAAAGUCCAGUGUUGAUCAGCCAGAUAUUGCAUCAAUUCCUCUCCCAGAAAUUGGUGAAAAUUCCGAGACCAUUGCUGAUAUUGUUUCUCUCGAUGUAUGCAUUCCACCGCCUAUUGAGUUUUCUUCGGAUACUAGCGGGAUGGAAACUGAAGGACAAGGACAAAUCGCUCUGGCAAUGCCAGUUCUUUCAAGUGAAGCUGAAGUGCAGGAAGCAGAAAAGAAUCUAGAUAGGAAGGUCGUCAGUGAAAAAGUUGGUACAAUUGGGUCCCUACCGUCCAAUCCAGCUAGUUCUGAGGCAGAUGAUGGAGAUGAUCGAAAUAAAAGCCCGGAAAUAAAGGACACUGAAAUUCAAAAAGGGAUAACAGUUGAAAGUGCAUUUGACGGUGAAUCUAUUUCUGAAAUAAACAAUCAAGGGCUCUGUGACGUUACCAAUGUAUUAAAAGAGGAACCUAUGAAACUUACAGAAGAAGUGGAUUUAAGUCAACCAUACCCCGAAAAACUGAAUCCAAGGAUACUAGCAGUUGGUAUUGACAAGUCUGACGAAUCCACUGAACUGGUCUCAUCACCCGUCAUCAGCUCAGUGGAUUCGACCCUAGAAGUUGCUGUUAUUGAAGCCGAUUCUCCCAGUGGUAAAAAUAUUACUGAGACUCAGAACCCUAAAGAAAAUGCGGAGUCUGAGGAAAAUAUUACAAAUGUCACAGGAGGUAUCAAAACUGAAGACAAACCAGUAAAAGAUUCUCUUGAAGAUAUUGUUGAGCAUGUUGAAGAACCAAAGCAGAAAACUGAUUCAGGCACAAUAACUUUUGUCGAAGGUCAAAGUUCUAAUAUACAACUCAGUACACAAUUGGAUGCAAAAGACUUAUCCCAAGCAAAUUCAGCACCAGGAGAAUUGCAAUCGUUAAAUAAUGCUGGUGGCUGCCCUACUUUUACUGUAAAUGUAGUAGGCGACCAGCCGAAUAUGAACCAAGUAAUGAACGAAAGUUCCGAUUCCUCUGAUAUGGUGCCCCAUGAAGCAGUUGAAAUGAAUGCUCAGGGAUUUCCUAGUUUGAAAACGAAAAGUCUUUCUCCAACAGAAUCAGCCAACGAGGCCGAAAUGUCUUCACAAAAAUCUGAAGAUUUUGCUCAAGGUGCUAAUAAAGAUGUUGCAACAGACAAUUCGAAAGUUGCCACUGAGAAAUUAAAAGAGGAGGUAGUCUCGAUCAAAUCUAUGCCCCACCCAAAUAGUUUAAGCACACCAGAAGCAUUUCAAAUAGUAGUUGCCGGCGAAACUGUAAUCAAUGACCUUGAAAAAGUAGGAACUAUAACGUCUACAAUGGAAGCUGCCUCCAAUGAACAAGCUAUGCCUGUAAAUAAAUCUGAUUGUAGUUCAUGUAGCGGAACUACUGAAGAUUCCAAAAAUUUUGACAGCCCUGUAGGCAGCAAUAACGAAACAGAGAUUUGUAAAAAUAUUGCCUUAGAUGGUGGUAAAACUGUUAUUGUCAGUACUAUGGUAACCGAGGAGGCUCCUGGGGAAUCAAAUCGAAAUUCUAUGGACCCUGAAAAUCAAAUUUCGAAAGACGUGGAAAUUGAUGUAGAGAUGUCAGAGCCGGAAGAUCGGCCUAAAAAUAUGGAAAUAGUACAGAGAACUACUGAACCUAUUUGCCUCGACCCCCAAGAAAAUAACCCAACUUCAUCUGACACAUUAGUGAACGCUGAGGCCGUAGAGACUACACAGAACCCAGCCACUCCUUCAGAACAAUCAGAAGUUAUAAACAUAUCAACCACAUCAUGCAAAACGGUAUCCAUUCCAGAAGACGAAACUCAAGGUGACGGUGCCACUGCAAUGGCGACAGAUGCUCUAGAAGUUGAAGCAUGUUAUAUCGAAAGGAAAAAACAGUUGACAACUGAGGAAACUUCAGUACUAUUAUCGGCUGAAAUUGACCCUUGUGUUCAAACUCCAGAAGUUGUACUGCGGAUGUCUAAGGAUACCACUAGCUGCUCUGAGUUAACUCGAGAUACUUCGGAUAAAAAAUCUACUAUUGUUGGUUUAGAACGUGAAAAUGUUCCAUGUAUAACGAUCAAGAUCAGAGAAGAGGCUGUUAGAAAUGUUUCUGUCUUACAACCACAAGAAAAGACCAUAAUACCAGAAGAUAUUUCAACUAAACCGUCAAACAGCUCAAUGCCUGAGCCAGUUACAACAUCUGCGGAGCCAAUGAACGAACUACAAAGCAUUGCUGUAGUCGUUAGUUCAUCCACAGAGCCCUCUGUCACUACUUCCGUGGAACAAAAUGAACAGAAUUUAACGAUCGUCCACAGUUCGAUCAAUUCUGUCCCAGCACUCUCCGAAAAAUCUGAAAAUACAGCGGUGUUAAUUUCAGAAAUGAUGGCAGAAGCUACAGUUUCAGUGGAAGCAAUAACUCCUUCAGCGGACAACACCGGUGGUGUACCUUUCACGAAGGCGAAAGCUUCUAUUGAGUCUGCAGAGUCUGUGGCAGGGCAAACAGUAGCAGUAGAAGGAUGCAAGUUAGACUUCACUGAAAAUGAUCCUCAAAUAAGUCUAAAAGUGGAAGAUCCAAUUGAAGAUUGUCCCAAAAUUAUAGCAAAGCCAGUCAUUGCCAAUGAAGAGAAGCUAGCCAACGCUCUCGCUGCUCCUGAGCGAAUUUCAGAGCCGAGUAUGUUACCCCUGGAACCUACUCCUGAUUUAGAUGCCAUAGAGACUACAGUUCAAAGCGAAUCAGAAGAAACUGAUAUUACAGGUCAAAAUCUGUCUAACGCUCUUGGGGAACAGCCCAUAGUCGAUCAUGGUACCAUUAAUGCAGAAUCACCUGUAACUUCUCAAGCUGCAGAUGAUCUCGAAACGAAUCUUGUCAAAACUCCUGAUUCAGCCGAAGCUAUAGGUCAAGGAAUUCAAAUUGAAGAGAAUGUUAUUACAGAUCCAAUAAAUACUUCGCCGAGGAUACUACCUGUGAAUGAGGAAGGCGGACCAAAAGUGGUACAUGUUUCAAAAACGUCAGGUUCAAUUUCAGAGUCUAGUUUGGAACCUAAUGCAUUUUCUCAGGAUACCGCAUUUUCUCAGGAUAACAAGAGAGAACAUCUCUCAGAAUUCACUAAAGUAGACCAUGCAGACGUAACAGAUACAUCGACUGAAGUGGUCUCCAUGUCAUCGGAGAUUAUGCCAAAAACAUCAGAAGAUGCUUCAGAAAUAUUCGGAAGCGGUUCAGAAACAUCAGUAAACGCUUCAAAAAUAGUAGCAGAUGUCUCAGAAGUACCAGCAGAUAUUAUUAUAUCUAAUACUGAAAUAAUUACUCCAAAUUCAGCAAGAGAAUCCAUUCUGGAGGAAAAUUGUUCAAUCAUAAAUAUUCCAGAAACAGUAGAAUCUAGCGCGGAAAACUCUCUAGCUGCCGAUAAAGAUACGUCCUUGAAAUCGGCCAUGGAGAAUGCAAAGCCUAUUGGGAAAGUAGUAGUUGCGCAACUAGUGGAUGCUGUAGAAGAGCUUGCCUCAGACCCAGAAAAUACAAUUGCUGAUAUCCUACAGACGCAACACGUAAAAACCUCGUCAGAGUCAACGGUUAUCACGCCCGAGGUACUUGAUGACAGCGUUGAAUCUGAUAUUUCGGAAGUGUCAAGUAUUAUUGAGAAUAUUACUUCAGAAUCAGUGACAGAAUUGGUUGAUACUUCAACAGAGGUAAAUAUGCAAGAAAAAGCCAGUUGCAAACCUCCAGAACUUACCAUAGAAAGCUCCAUCGGUACACUAACUGCAACCGUUAAUAUUGACCCGAGACCAACAGUUAUAGAAGGAACGAGUGAUAAGGAGGAAGUGAUCCCAGAGUUACCACAAACAUCUCGAGAAGUUUCAGAAGCACCUUGUUAUCAAGAGGAAGUAUCGCUAGGUUCACCACAUGCGUCUCCAGAAGUUUCACGUGAAAUUCUAGAAGUUUUACCAGAAGCAUCCUCAGCUGCUGCAGAAAACCCUCAAGGAUCACAUACUGAAGUUACCUUGGAUACAACUGCUACGGAACCAACAAGCUCUUCAGAAGGGCCUACUUCCAGACACGAAAAUUCAAUGGAAACCCCGACAAUUUUGGCACUUCCAAAAGAAACUCCUUCAGAAACAAAAAUUGAAACUAGUAAAGACAGCCUAGAUUCUGCCAUUUUAAAAGUAGUUAACAACGUGGAACAAAUUGUUACUGGAACCCUAAAAAUUACAGAAGUUGCUUCAGAAGGUACUGAAGGCAUUUCAAUGCCGGAAGUAUCCCCUACAGAAAAAUUACCAGAACUAGAGGCGCAGGAGGUUAAUUUAGUGGUUGAAUCAAGUCCUAAAACCGAAAUUGACACCAGUUCUCAAUCGACAAUAGCCGUAGUAGAGUCUGAAUUAAAAGCCUUACCUGAAACACCUAAUCUUGUUUCGAAAACAGUUGAUUCAGAAAAACCUGGUACUAAAGAAGAGCCGGAACCGUCAUACGAAAACCCAACAACAUUAUCACUAACUUUGGAAACCAAUGCAGACCCAUCACCAGUUACUGCAAUAAAUACUCAAGCAUCAAUUAUUGAGUCAACUAACGUUACCCCUUUGCAGUCGACAUCAGAAGUAGAAAGAAUUAGCGAAAAUACAUCCUCAGAGCUAACACAAGAGGCGCUAGAAAUCUCUGCAGAAUCCACUCAAGGCCCAGCUAUAAUUUCAAGGGAAUGUAUUCCAGAAAUGGUGGAGGAAAAACAUUCAGAAGCAUCAGAGCCAACCGAGAUACUAAUUUCAGCACAAUUUGAAGAUACCACAGAAAAAACUUCAAAGUUAGACAUUGGCACAGUUGAGUCAUAUCCAGAAGUUCAAAGAACAGAAGAAACAGGACCGAUUUUUGUUGAUGAUCGAGUAAAUGUAACCAUAGGUACUACAAGAGCAUCGCUGGCUGAAGAUAUAGAAUCCACAAAUCCAACGAGCCCGGAAGUUAAGGUUUCUUCAUCAGCCAAAAGUACAGAAGAGGCCACUGAAAAUGGAUCAAAGGCUGAACACACUGAAAAAGUCCUGGUAGAUGCAAAUCCAAAACAGGUUCCUCCAGUACCACCAAGUUUAAUUGAAGAUCAUACACCAAAGUCGAUUGGCACUUAUAACGAAGUCGCUUCAAAAACUGAGGAUGAUGAUACAGAACCAGUGGCAAAGCCCAAAAUAUUACUUUCACCCGAUGUCCCUAUGGAAAUUAUUCAAACCUCCGUUGAUAGCAGUCCAGAUGCUACCACUGAACCAUUAAGUUGUGCUGACAUUUCAUCCGAUUCAGGGGUAGAACUUAGUUCAACGCUACAUGGACCUUCUACAGAAUCUAGCCCAGAUACUGAAUCUGUUGCCGAACACCUGAAGUUCGACAAAGAGGAUACAAUAGAUAUAAAAGAUUCCGUAACAGAAACUAUUUUCAAUGCUAUUAACGCGGAGGACGAAGUCAGUUUGCUAUCCAAAUGUCGAGACUCAGGCCAUCAAGGUACUUUACAGCUCUCAGAUGCUGAAACUGGUAAAGGUGAGCAGCCAAAUGAAAACCCAAAAGUCGAUACCAGAUACAUUCAGGAUAUUCCUUUUGAACUAUUUCGACGGGCCUCGACAGGAAAUUCCGAGGAGACAAGCGACACUACGGCGUCAUUAAAGGACCUAGUGCAGCCAGCACCUAGUGAUUUAAGCUCCUCUCCUGGAAAUACGAAUUCAGUUGUUCUACCUACUAUAGAGGUCCAAGACGAUAAAGGAAGCAAGAUAUUAGUCGAUGACAUCAUGGAGCCUCCAAGUGACUUUACAGAUUCUGAGCAGAUUUCAACAUCCGACAUUAAAGCAACUUCAGAAUUGGCCGCGUCAAAUGCUGCAGAGAAUAUUACUAGUUCAACGGAAACUAGCGUAUCUGUAUGUACUGAUCAUAGUAUAAAGCCAGUGGGAAUUAUUGUUGAAAAAUCAACCGAACCAACAUCUACUGUCGAACUCAUUGAUUCUGAUAGCAUUCAGCCAAUUUCAAAACUAAUCGAGGUCUUCGAAAAGAAAGUGAUAGAAUCAGAAAAGCCUGUUGUGAAAAAAGAUAUCGCGAAAGAACCGGAUUCAGAAAAUGUCCCCGAAACUAAGAACAAUGCUAUUAGCUCUGAGCCUGUUGACCGACCAGUUCCAGAACCAAGUCUAUGCCCCGCAUCUUCUGAGUUGGAAGGAGUUCAAGUUAAUAAACCACCAGAUAUUACAGAGGAGACCAAGGUAAUCGAGCAGUCGACUCAAUUCAAUCUUGAAGCCGGAAAUGUAGAAAAAAUUUCAGUUCCAGAAUAUGAAGAUAGCACUUCAGCAAGCGCUUCAAAUUUACCUGAAGAGUGCUCACUUGCUUCUGAGGAAAGCAGUUCUGAAGUAACCGGAAGUGAUGAGAUCUCAAUUAUACAUGAAAAGGCUCCUCCAAAACCUUUAGAAGAAGAAACAAUUACGGACGAAUUUAGCACUGCUACGCACUCUGCGGAACUGACAAUUACUGCUACUGAUUCUACCCCAGUAUUUGGGCAUGAAAAUAUUGAAGGUGAGCAACCGAGAGCCGAUGCAUCAAGGCAACCAACAGAAGUUGAUUCGCAAAUAAAAAUCGAAUUAAAACCCGAAAUUCCAGAUAUAGUGUCAAUUCCAGUGGUGCCCAAUUCUUCAGAAGAUGGUGUCAGUACUACUGCGAUUAUUCAAGUGGCUGCUUCAGAGCUAGCAGACUCCGUAUCACCAAUUAUUAUGGUAGAUAACAAUAAAUCUUCUGCCGAAGAAACUACUAUGGGAUCGGAAUUUGACAUCUCCAGAUCGGCAAAUCCUGCUUCCUUGUCAAAGAGUGAGCGGCCAGCAUCACUCGUCAAACUGGCUGAAGCAGCUGUUGGAUCAAAAUCUGAAAUUGAAACCCAAUUGCCAGUUCCUGAACGUUUGGAGAUAUGCGCCAAUUUUGAUGAUGAGCUCAAAGCAUCUGCCGCACAGUCAACGAAUACUGUAAUAAGCGAAAUAUCAACGUCGCAAUCAGGAAUAAAUGUAGAAACAGACGGUGUUGCUUCCACUAUAGAAUUGGAAGGUUUUUCUACUACAACGACUGCUGAACCAACAAAUAUUGAGGAAUCUUCGUCAGACCUAACGUGUCACACUAUAAAAAUUAGCUUAGACUCAGCUGCUUCAACACUCACCGCUUCUGCUCCAACGCAACACUCCAAUUCAGCCCCCACCGAGGUAUCUCCAGAAUUAGCUAUGGAGUCAGAACACUCUGAUAUAGAGUCUGUUCGGUCCAGCUUCGCUUCUAAGCUCUCUGAACCAGAAACAGGUGUAGAGAUAGUAGAACCUGCUUCAGAAACAUCCAAAGUUACUGCAGAUGUAGAUAUAGAACCAACAGAUACUAAUGGAGAAUCUGAAAAUAUUUCAGAGGCAGCCGUCGUCACUGCAGAUUUGAUAUCUGCUACUUCUAAGUCGUUGGAAGUUCCUCAAGAUCCUGAAAAUCCGAUAACAACUUUCACCGAAGCUUCCGACGUUACUUCGGUAGAAGAAAAAGAGAAAUCAACUGAAACAAACGCUACAGCAGUAAUAGCACCAGAAAGCGCGGUUGAGGAAUCUUCUAAAGAAGUAGAGGAGCCUACCAAGGCUAAUAUAGAAGUAGAUAACAAUCCUGCAAAAGCUGCUCCGUUGCAUAUCAAUGUUACGCCAAAAGAAUCAAAUAGUGUAGACUCGGUUUUUUCACCAGAAGAAGCGAUAAUAAAGGUGGACCCUGAACCUUUUACAUCAGAAAAACCGACCAGUGUAGAAUUUGUUCCUGAGCCAGAAGAAGGAAAAUUUAAGGAAAAUCCUGGACAUUCUGCAUCACAAAAAUUGGAUAGCCCAGAAAGCACUCCCAAACCAGAAAAUGGAGUAAGCUCCGAAUAUAUCAAUAUCAACGAAUCAAUUUCAGGUACAGAAAAUAGGAUUGAUGAUUCCGUAGGAGCCUGUGCUGAAACAGGAUCUCAAAAUGGAUCAAAAAUCACUGUAGAACACAUUCCUGAAACCAAAACUGUUGAGAAUAAACUCUAUAAUCAAUCUUCAGCUACCGACAUUACCCAAGAACCCACUGUUCCAACUGAACCUAAUCCAGAAGCUAAGAGGGAACUACUCUGCACGACAGAUGUAGAAGACAAGGCAACAACUGUUGGUUCUGAGUCAACUACUAAGUCUGAAUCUAGAACUAAAACUACUAACGUAGAUGAGACUUCUGAAGCAGUCUCUCCAAAGGAUGUUAUAGAACAAACUGAACCUACUAUAGAAUCUGCAGCAUUUCCGAAAGUGGAAUCGGUAUCUUCUGCCGCACCAAUCAAUUCUGACCUUCCACCAGACACUGGACAAUUCUCAAGCUUACUUUAUGAUCCCGUUCUGGAAGCAGCAAGCCCAACUGCAAAACCUGAAGCCCUUACUGAUUUGACUGUCGAAGGACCUCCAGUCGAAGAGUUAGAUGAGACGUCGAAUAAGCAAUCUAGCUCAAAAAUAAAAAAUGAUCUGAAUGAAAGUACUUCGGAGUCUACCACUAGCACUAUUCACACAGAAAAGGUGACCUCUGCAACCCUUCCGAUAUCUAGUGAAGUGAAAUCAACGUUCGAAUCAACAACGACUAUCGAUGGAUCACCUGAGACAGAACAAAAUAAUGUUACAGCGGAAUACAUUCCAGAAGCAAUGGAUUUUGAAAAAACUGAAGUAAUAAAUUCUGAGUUAACUCAAGAUGAUUCAGUAAAUUCUGAAGUAACCAAAAUAUCAGAAACUCAUUCAGAGUCACCUGAAAAUGUCAUUCUUACACUUGACAACACUAACCUGGCUCCUGAAAUAACUAUCCCCAUCGAACCUUCUGCGGGAAUCUCGGUCUCAACUCUGAAUUUAACUGAAAAAGCCAUAGAUUCUCCUGGCGAUUUUGAAGCUCCUUCUACAGAAUCACUUGAAUCAGUGCAAGUACUUAUAGAAUGUGAUUCUAAAACUCCUUCUGGAACUGAUGACCAAAUCACUCAAUCGGUAUUUAAUGUAGUUGAAACCUCCUUAAAGUCGAAUGAAGAAUGCAUCCAAGAGCCAACUAAACAAGUGAUAGAACCUGACCAUAUCCCUUCUAAGAUGGAAGGAAGCGUGGAAUCAGAAACUCCAACCUUUGAGCCAGAACAUAUAGCAACAAAGACAGUGACAGAAAAACUACAAACAACGACUGCAGACAGUCAAAUUGGGACAAUUAAAGCAACACCAACAGAAUAUCUUUCUGUCAUGGAAUCAAACCCAAAACAAAUGAGCUGCGACCCUACUUUGAACCAUUCCCAAAUUACAUCAGAACCACGUCAGUCAGGACAAAUCGAACUAACAACUCAUUUAAAACCACAACUCGUCCUCCCUGAAAUAAGUCCACUUCCUAUCGACUCUACUGCUGAUAGCACUACAGCUCCGAAUAGGGGCCUUGAAGAAAUCGCUUCGAAAUCAAAAGACCUGGAUUCAAGCAAUCAUGCUCACUUAAAAGUUGAGACUAAUGUUAAGUUAGAAGCCGCGAAAGUCGUGAGAUUCAAAUUAGAUGAAACUUUGAAGGAAGAGUUGACUUUGGACUCCAUUAACUCAGCGAAAGAAAGCGAACCAACUGAGAUUACUACCACUAUAGAACCGCAUGCAGAAAAGUCCCAAUCUGAUACGGAAAGAGCCUUCAAUUCAGCUCCGUCGCCGGAAAAUCGAAAGCCAGAAUCCGAACUUCAUUCAGAGCGAACCCCUGAUCCUGCUAAAUCUGAUGAUGAACUAGAGCAAAUAUCUGAAUCUGACGCGGAGACGACCUCUGAUCAAGCCACAUCUGCGAGAAAGUCAGGGUUAGAAAACAUAAACGAAUACCCAAUUCCAAUUACAGCUUGUAAAAUUAGUGCUGCGGAUAUUGGCGAUACUUCCGGAUCAAAAACAAAAGGCAGCAAUGACGGGUCAAUCCAUCUAUUUUCACAAUCAAGUCAGACCUCAGAAAGAACAGAGAUGUCACUAUCCACUGAACCGUCAAAUCCUAUAGAUGUACAAAACGCAGAACAAUCCUCCACAAUUGCAGAACUUGAUCCUACUCCAGCUGGCGCAGUUUCAGAAAAUGUCGCAAAAGUGACAAAUGAUACUCAUGGGACUCUAUUAGAACCAACUCAAUCCACUUCAGCAAUAACUCCAGAAAUUCCCGAUAUCGCAGAACCAGAUCAAGAGCCAAUCCAAGAGCCUUUAAAGGUAGUUGAAAUACCAAAUGAUCGAACUUCAGCUUGUGCUCUGCAAAGUGACCAGUCUGCCAAAGAACCCUUCCAAACAACUUUAAUUGAACCUGAUUCAACUAUCCCUCCACCGACGGUCGACCAGGUUACUGAAGUGGAAGUGGAAGUGGCACCUACAGUACAAUCUCUAGAAAAAGGUGAAAUAAAUAACGUUAAAACUUUCAAAGAUAUUGAUUCUACUACACAAGAUACAACCAACGCAACUGAAACGAAUCUUACUCCAGAAACAACUGGCAAAUCUGUAGAACUUGUAUCUAAUGUCAGUCAGGUUACUGCCUCAGAAAUACCUGAUCAGACUCCUCUUUCUAGAGAAUGUGGCGCAGCAUCAGGAGAUGGUCAUGUAAACCUAAUAGUGGCAAUAAGUCAGCCAGAAACUCCUGGUAUCAAUAAUUGCCCGGAAUCGCUAGUCGCUACUAAAUCCAGCACUGAAGAUUGCACUGUUUGUCCUGAACCACCAAUUACCAGUGAAUCUGUCACUGAAGAUACUAUCGACGUUUGUCCUGAACCACCAAUAAUCACUGAACUAGUUAGUGAGGAUCACACAAGCCUUACUGCUGAAAAUACAAUUCAUCACAGAUCCGAAAUUAUUUCAAACGAAGGAGAGUCAGACGAAACAGCACCUGUGGCAAUAGCUCAACCAUCAAAGGAAAUUACUGCACCAGUCCCAGAGUCAAAUAGCAAUACUUCAGCCCAUACUCCGGAACUAAAGGAGGAGACAAAAAUUGAACCUAUUCCUACCGAUUCACUAAACGCAAUUGACCCUGAUACAAACACAGGUGGAACUCUGUCGGAAAACACUGCUUCAUUAAUAAACCAAACCAAUGACGCUUCCUCCCUCUCAGAAUCUAUAGAUGUAACUGAAGGAUCUGACUGCAAAGAUAGUAAAUCUAUUGGGGAGUCUAUACUGAAUUCAACCACUUCAACUAAUGAACUAACGUCGAGACCAAUGAGCUCCACUAUGAAUCCUACUCUCACUGAGCCUAUUGAUGAACCUACCACACAACUAGAAAAUAGAAGUACGGAACAAAGCUCAACCGUAGAAAGUAAUGAUUCGCCAGUCUUGGAAGUAAACGAAAAUCUAAUAAAGCAAGCAGAAACUAUCGAAGGAUCUGAAAGGAGGUCAAUCACAUUAGAACCAGCAGCUCCAGAACUGCCUCAUCCAAUAGUGCCAGCUCAUCCUACAGAGGAACCUACUGAACCAACAAAAAUUGUUGAGGAAGCUAUUCCUGAGCCAAUUCCUGUUGAAAAAAUCCAAUCCGAAAAAUCCGACGCAGAGCCAACAAAUAGUUCUGCACAGCCAAGCUCAGAAUUAGUUGCAACUAUUCCAGAACAAACAAGCGAAACUCUAGUGAAGCAAACUACAUAUGAAGAAGCCAUAAAAAGUACAACUGAUUCUGUGGUGACAACUGUGAUAGAGACUCCGCCUGCAAACUUACCUGCCAAACCAACUGAAGUCGUUAAAGAUAUAUCUGAACCUGCUUAUGUGGAAGAUACCCAAUCUGAAAAAUUAAACACAGAACCAACAAGUAGCUCUGCAAACCCGACACCAGGUGGAACUAUUCCAGAGGUUGCUUCAUAUACAGACUCGAUAAAUAUUGAUUCUCCUGAAGCUGUUUGUACCGAGUUGCCAGAAAGCACUUCAUCGGUAACCAAACCAUCUGAGGCGGUUCCAGAUCUGAUUGAUCCAGAAAUUAUUCCAGCUCCAAUUGGCCCAGAUAUGACCGUUGACGAAAACGCAAAUACAACUAAAGCUCAACUAGAAACAACUUCAUUGCCGAGUCAUGUGUCUGCCGAUGUUCCUGGGCCAGCCGGAGUUCCUGAACAAACUAGAGAAGUUGAAGCUAUUACGGCUAUUGAACCAGCAUCACCAUCAACGAAUAUUAAAACAGAAUUUUCUGAAUGUAUUGCCGUACCCGCGUUUGAACCAGGAGCUAUUGAACAUAAUACUGAACCAGAACCUAAAGCAAAAGAAUUCAUAGUGAGUCAAACAUCGAUAGAAACUGGCACCCUGUCAAUAAAUACCCGAAAUGAAAUGGCUCAAGAAAUUGAAGCUGGCCUAACCAAUGUUCCUUUAACAGCGAUAAUCGAGGAAAUUGACACUACACAAGAGCUUACAUCCGAUUCUAUCGAUACACCCGCAGGAACCACUAACAUUGACAUUCUGGAGCAUGCACCCCAACCCACAUCGGAUUGCAAAAAUGUUGAUUCUACAACGGGAGCGACAACAUAUGAAACUACCCUACCCCAGCCGGAAAUUACCCUAUCAAUAAAUGAAGUAACUAGCACUACCCCAAUAACAAUAGUUCCUAAGUCAGAAACUAUUGAUUCUAGCUACAAAGAAAACGAGGCCUCAACAAAAGUUCCUUCAUCACUAGACCAACUAACUGACGUUGUUCAAGAUUCGACAGUGUCAAACUCGAAGGUAUUCGUUUCUAGCUGCAAUGAAAAUGAGCCUGUGACAAAAACUCCAUCAUCAAAUCAACUUACUGACAUUGCUCCAAAGCCGAUUAUCCUCGAUUCAAAGAUCAUUGAUUCUAACUUCGGCGAAGGCAAGACUCUGAGUAAAGCUGUUUCAGCAAUUGACAUUGGUCCAGAGCCAGUAAACUGUGUUGACUCUUCUGCAACUGAGAUAUCAGAUGAUGGAACUACAGUUCUUGAAUUAUCUUUAGAAUCAACUAGUAUCAUAACGGAAUGUCCUGAAUCUAUUAGUACUACCGUUGCAAAUUCAGAGGUAGUAGACACAGUUAUCAAUCAAGAGCCAGUAUUUGAAAAUAAUUUGAAAUCAGAAACUGAAGCAAAGGAACCUAUUCGAAGUCAAGUUUCCACAGAAACUGCCACGUCUUCAAUAAACGAUAGAAAAGUUGAUGCUUUGACAACUGUAGCAGAAGAAGUGAAUUCUACCCAGGAGUCUGCAUCAGAUCUUGUAAAUGCAGCUUCAGAACCAACUGAAUUACUUCAGGAUACUAUUCCUGCAACUGUCCCUGAAGUGGAAAGUAAAUCGGCGUAUUCAGAAAAAGCUACUUCCGCAGAACCAGGACCACAAGACGUAACUAAUAUUCAGGAAGUUACUCCUCAUUCAGAAGAUUCAUCAACCGCUUUAGAGCCAAUAAGACAAACAUUUGAUUGCAAGAAUAUUGACGAAGUUAUUCCAAGCGAAAGCGCUGCUCUGUCUGAAAAUAUUUUGUCAAUAAAGGAAGCAGAAACUAACGAUAUAGAGGAGCCUGCACCAGCGCCUCCGAAAGAACAUCUGAAACCCUCUGAAAUAAUCGAGGAUAUUACUUCUGAACAUACACCCGCUGAAGUCUUUCAAUCGAAAAAGUUUCAAGAAGAACUACCAAGUGAUUCGACAAGAUUCGAUCCAGACGUUACUCCUCAGUCAGAGCAAUCGAAACAAUCUGAAACAUCCGACGUUCUUAUUUCAAAUAAACUUAUUGCACCUGUCAAACCCGCUUUGCAGUCGACGGAUGCCAUGACCGAAUCCUCCGCAACUGAGUCUCCAGUUGCACCCACGACGGAAUCAGCAGACGCAAUCAUGAUGCCAAAUUUAUCACCAGAAAGUGAUGCAGAACCAACUGGUAAAACUGGAGAACUUAUAGCUAACCAACCAGAAGUUGCUAGAAAAGCAGUUACCAUUGCAGACGAUAUUGGGCAAGAAGCUGAAACAGAACUAGCCAAUUCUGCUACGUCAGCUAUAAUAGAGGUGGCUACUGCUACACAGGAAAUCACAUCUGAGCCUGCACAUGGGCAUAGAGCGGGAAUCGAACUUGAAAAAACAGAAAAUGAAGUUUCCAUUGACUCUACAAAAUCACCUUCGGAAUCAGCAGCUGAUAAUCGUGAAGCCACUCUUCAAGCCGAAAUCUUAUCUUCAGAUUCCUGCCAAACAAAGCCCACUGAAGACUUUCCCAGUAAUCAACCCGCUCUGAAAUCAAUCGGUGCAGAUACUGAAAAUUCUAUAUGUAGUUCUGCUCUUGAAGCAGCUUCAAAAUUGGAAGAUGCAAUUGUUGAAUCUAAUUUGGCACUCGUGAGUGUAAAGCUGGAAAAUGAACCAAACAAAGUGGAGCAAUCAGAAAAUGAAAUUAUAGCCGAAGCCCCAAAGAUCAUGCCUCACGAUCCUGCUAACACAACAGUGGUUGAGGCAGGAAAUGCUGUACCAAAAUCUUCUUCAGAGCCAAAUAAAGUAGCGGUAGAACCAGAAGAUAUUUCUCCGAAACCCAUCUCCGCAACAGAAAUAAUAUCAGAAAAAUCAAAGGGGGAGCUGUCAGUGGAAUACGUAAAACCAGUAGCGGAAUCAACUGUAAAUUUACCAGAGCUUGAAACAGAAAGCUGUCACUAUACCUCAGAACCUAAAGGUCCAUCUGAAGCAUCUGAUUCCAAACAUGUUGAUUCCACCGAUGAAGCUGUUUUAAGUGAAAAGCCUGCAGCUCAUGAGACAGUUUUAGGGUCAACCAGUAAUACUAUAAAGUGCUCUUCACCAGAUUCCCCUCCAAAGCCUUCCUCAGAAUUGGCAGCUGUCCCUGUGGAGCAGAAUCUAGUAGCCGAAAAUAAUGUGCAACCAACAAACCAAAGUGAGGAAAUUAGAACGUGCCAGGCAAAACAAAUUUCAGAAAUUGAAAGAGAAUCACCAAUCCUUGCAGAUGCGGUAGUUGAUGAGCCUAAAACUGAAAUGUCGACGAUUCCAGUAGAGGUAUCUGAAACUGAGCGGAAAUCUGCCUCAGAAGCUACAGUUGCUACUGCAGAGCCAAUUGAAACAACAGACAUUACUUCCGAGCCUGCCUUUGAAUCAGAAAUUGUUCCUGAAGUAUCUGAGACCGAAAAGGCAACUGAAGCUAUUGAACCAGAGCUUAUCAUCACUAAUGGUUCUUCAAUCUCAGAAAACUAUGCCCCAGCAAUUGAAUCACAACCGAUAACAACGAAAUUCAAUUUAGAUAUAUCUGACACUGUCGCAGAACUAGUUUCCGAGUAUGCACUGGAGCUUGCAAUUCGUGCAAAGGAGCCUGAUCUAGAAUCUGAAAGGCAGUCUGUAGAAAGCUUAACCAACAUCGAAUUUGAAGAAUCUGAUGGUACAGACAGACAAGAUAACAGCAAGUUAGAAUCACCAGAUAUAGAACUGGAUGCAACUACUACUCCAAAAGGAACAUCGUCUUCCUCGGAAGAUGUUUCCACAUGUACAUAUGAAACUGCACCGUCUAGUUUUACCGAACUUUUAGGGCAGACUUCUCCCUCAAAUUUAACGGAACCUGACUUAAAUAAAGAUAGUAUCGAAUUUUCGGAUUUAUCAAGCAUUCCACCUCCAACCGAAUUUAAGACGAAUAUAGCAGAAACUGUAAUUGGUAACGAGGAGGCCCAAACAUGUGGAGGUUUUGAAGUACAAAGUCAAAAUGUCGAGGUAUUGAUUAACGAAGCACCGGAAAGUAUUAAAAUACAUACAGAGAAAUACAAAGAUGAGACCAAGUUGAGCAUAGAUGCAGAGAUACGACCAAAUUCGCCGAGGUUUGAGUUUGGUCAGGAAGCAAUUCUUACACUUGAUACUUCUUCCGUGAUUGAAGAUAGCUCUGAUUCGGCAAUUGUAAAAGACGAUUCUCAGGAAUUGUUGCCAAUUGAAAAGAAUCAAGAGGAUGAUCAGCAAAUAAAAAUCGUAGAAAUGGAAGGCACCAUUUACAUAAAUCCAGACUACGCUCCACCAGGCCCACAUCCCUGGCGUAUGCAAAGGGCAGAAAGUGAAGAUAGUUUCGUAACCGCUGACAGCUCCGAGUUAGAUCCUGACGUUUCUAUUACCCCGCCAGAAAUAUCAAUAUGUUAUAUGACUUCAACUAUACUGGAGUCCAUACCUGAAGACCAGGAAACAUCCGAGAGUCUUCCUGAGCUUGGGGUAACAGAUGAUGGUAGUACAGAAGCUGAAACAGUACAGUCAAUAGAAGACGACUUCACAUCUAAUUUAAUGGACGACACCUUCUCCGUAGCCGAAGACUUAAACAAAGAGUCUGAAGUGCUCCCCUUAGAUACUGAUAACCAAAUUUUAAGCGAUGAUUUUGAAGAGGGUUUAAUUAAUGAAACAGAUCCCUACACAACACAGCAGGAGAUCAUUCAAUCUUCUCAUCCACUUGAAAUCAUAGAAUUUCCUACUUUCGCCAACAUCAACACUGACUCAAUGCCAGCCAUCGUUGAACUUUCUACUUUACCAACAGAUAAACUGACUAGCACAGAAUCUUCUAGCACAACUACAACAACAACAGACGAUACUGUUUGCACAGCUAUCGAAUCUCCUAGUAGAAAAGCGAAAGAGGAAAUACCGACUGACAGUCCAGUGGAGUCGCACAAAGAUUCAACCAGUCCUUCGUCCACUUCUCCCGUCAAAAGAUUGUACUCCACCUCCAUGUCUUUAGAACUAACGAAUGAACCUACUAACAAUACUAACUCCGAGCAAUCAACACAAGAAGCUUGUAGCACAGUUACAAAUGAGAGUAUCACGACUGCAACAACUGCACCGACGACUACUACUCCACUGCAUGUUACUGUUACUUCAAACGACAAUACAGCACCUCCAAAUAUACAAGAAAGACACAUUAAACUUGAAACUCUUAAAAAUGCAGCAUUUUCCCAACCGUUAUCAGAUGAGGAAGAUGCUGUCCAGGUUGGACAUCUAAGCAACCUUUUGCCAGGAUCAAUAGCCGAACGUGAACACAAAAAAUGGUACAAUGCCGUUGAUAUGCCAAAUAAUCCAUAUUCUAAGGAAGCCUUGAAAAAGAGAUUAAGUAAUACAUCUGACAGACCAAUAGAUAUUCCAAAUAUCAAUUCACCACUGGAGCAAGCUAAAAGUGAGGACAAAAUAAAGGAAGAGAGUGGUGCGAAUAAAAUUAUCAGCGAUGCAAACAAGUUGGAUUAUAAAAGGUACGGUCGAGAUUAUUACAUCAACGAUGCCAAAUUCACAUCCAACGGCAACAAAAGUAAACUCACAGCAUCAACAUCCUUAUACAGUUUAAACACAACGGACGACAAAAGCAGGGAUAAAGAGCUAUCGCUACAGUUACAGCAACCGUUGUCGUCAUCAUUAUCGUCUCUCCAUAGAUCGCAUAGUUGGGGCGAUAAGCGCUCGAAUAUCGUCCCCGAUGGUGGCAGUAGUAACUGCGAUAUCUUCACUGCACGACCGGUUCGUGUUGAAGAAAGCGAUCCGAUUCUCAGCAAAGCCACCAAACUUGAAUAUCUCAGCACGCCCGACCGAGACUUUUAUCUGUUGCCUACCGAAGAAAUUUCAAGUUUAAGAAGCAUUAGUGCUUCGGAACACAGUUUAUCGCAAGCUGGCGACAGUCUAACACCGAGCGAAGAUUCCGAUACGAUUCGCGUGUACGAUCUUAAAACGCAAGAGACACGUCUUAUUCGCGACGAUGAGUCAAUAAUUGCAGUGACAGCAGUGAAAGGGUUAAAUAAAACAGAUACUAAUAGAGUGCAGCAUCCGGCCAGCUCCCGACCACAGUUAAGCACUCAGCGAUCUAUAAGGACAACAGUUGUGAAUCGAGGAUCCACGCCGACCGCUUUCAAAUUUCUACAACCCAAACGAAGAUUGUACGAUACUCGAAGAGUUAUGUCUGAGGACACGUCGUCACCAACCUACGAUCGUGAGAAUGUAUCUCGAUCAAAUGGCACACCCGAAAAAAGUGUAAUCGAAGAGGAUGUUUUACCUGCGCUACCAUCGGUGAAAGCCUUGAUGAAGGCAUUCCAAAAUCCCUCCCAAGAUUCUAACGUUCAACUGAACAGGCCAAAGAUAAGAUAUCGUCUGUCAUACUCCUGGAAAUCAGUGGAAAAUAACACUAAAGAAGAACCAACAGCCCCGGCACAACCACCGAAGCUCGCGGAACCUGUAACAACAAACGGAGAGAGCGUUGAAGAAAAACCAGCAACUCCAGCGGGAAAUACACAACCUCAAGAGAUAGCAACAAGAAACGGAGGAAGCAACUGCACUGCAGAACCAUCCAAAGACUCCUACUCACCAUCCUACGAACAAAAAUACAUUCCAGCCGAAGCUCCGGUACUACCCCCAGAGAGUUUGGUAGUUUGCCCAUGUCCCACGUCCGAACAGCAGAAUAAGUCACCUGAAAAAGCUGAGCCGAUAAAGGAAGAAAAACAGGUACACUUCGAAGAAGUUCCCGCAACUGCAGCAGCUCCUUCAUCAGAAACAGAGAAUCGGCAGGAGGAAGUCACAAACGAAUCCGUCCAAACGGCACAGCCAGAAAAGCUUAUUGACUUGUCCCCAAUGUCUCAGCAAGUAAGCGAACCGAUCGGAGAACCACUGUCUCCACAAGAGCCAUGCAAGGAUUCCUAUUCACCGCCAUACGAUCAAAAAUAUUGUCCAGCGGAACCUGAAACGGCUCAAGCGCCUGAAGAAAAGGCAAAUGAACAGAAUUCUCUAGAAUGGAAAGAUGAAAACGUAGAAAUAGUGUCGAUUCCCAAAGAUGAACAGCAGGCCACGCCACCCAAUACACCCGAUGAUGCUAAUCAAGAAACCCCUGUCCAGUCAACAUUAAUAGUGAUGGUGACGCCAAAAGAAGAAUCGACACCAGAGCCCGCACAGGCAACACCUGCUCGGGAGCCAACCGUUGUCGAGAAAUUCAUUGAGAAUGAAAAACAAGCUUCCAUGCCGCCGGUUGAUGUCAAGCCUGCUGUAGAGCCGGAACAGAAGCCAACACCUGAAGUCGUCGAAACAGAGACAGCUCCGAACCCGAGUACUGAGCCCACUGCUCUCGUUGAACCCACCCCAACUCCAGCACCAGUUGCUGAAUCAACCCAAUCUUCAAUUACAGAGCCAAGUCCAGUUCAAACCACUGAGACUACCGCAGCUCCUGUUUCGACUCCUGCGGAGGAAAAGGAUCCAGAAAUUCCUGCCGCAAGCAGUCCUGAACCAGUAGCUGAAAACUCUCAGCAAACAGUGGAAACACAACCUGCAGAAAAUGGUUUCCACGAAGCAAGCCCCGCCAGUCCACCACCCGAGGUCAACGAUGAAUUGCCCAAGCAAUCAAUUGUUGAGCAAAAACGAGCGGAAAUUAGAUUCACUCAGGAGUCUCCGGUCCGAGAACGUCCAAUCAGUCCAGUUUUAGUGCCGGGCAAAUUGAAGAGCAGCAUUGCCUUCUUCGAGAACCUUAACAAAAAAUAAGUUAUUCAACUCUCAAUCCAGGACUGUGUAUUGGGAUCAUGGGCUAGAUAUGCUAUAAAAUUGUGAUCAAAAGUGGAAGUUUCUUCAAAUUGUCAUCCCUAUUUAACGACAAUCUAUAUUUUUGAUUUUAACUCGUUUGACUCUGUUUCGUACUGCGCUGUUAUCUUACUCAUGUAAAUUGUUAACUUUUGAGAUAUCUAUUAAUAAUGACGAUUUAAAAUAAAAGAAAGAUUACGUUCCUAAACCAAGUCUUAUGUUUUUCAACGCCGCUCUGAUUUCUGACUAUCUUCCAACGUCUCCCAGAUAGUGGCCCGAUAACUGAUUGUGUUAUCGAUAUUUAUGGCAGCCGCCGAUAAUUUGGAGGAGCCAAGACUCCCGGUUGAUUUUAUAACAUAUCUAGCAGCGUUUAACUGAGCAAUGUAAAAUAUUUCCCCAUCUAUUUACGUUAUGUAUUUCUAUCGUCUUAAUCGCGUUAUUCCGAAAAGGGUGUAAAUUUUAAGUGCCAUUUCAUAAAGAAUCAAGACCAAAAAAAUCAUGUAACUUACACCAAAACAUUUAAGCGUAAACUGUUAUGAUAUUUAAACAAAUUAUAAUUACUUUAAUGUUGAGCUUAGAAGCGAUGUAGUUGCAUAUAUUAUUUUACCACUUUGAACAAAAGAGAGAAAACCAUUUUAAAUGAAUAUUAUCAAAAUACAUAGCAAAAGCAUUAUACAAAAAGUUGGAGAACCUCCACGAAAACGACAUGGAUUAUUUGCCAUACAAGAAAAAUAAAAACAAUUUCAAAAAUUUA